UUUCGACCGACGAAGCGGCGAUGGCCACGUACAAGGGGCCGUUCGCGACGCCGCCCGUGCGCAUUGGGCGUGAGGUGCGCCAUACGACGGGCGGGCGACCGGCCACCGCGCGGCGCGCCGACCUCUCGUGGCUAGCACCUGCACGGCCGUUCUCUGCCGGUGCCACGUCAUUGACGCCACCGCAUGUGGUCCCGCAGCGCCCGGCGACUGCACGCUGCGAGUCGAUGGAGGAGCGCAUUUGCCGGCACUUGAUGCCAGACAGCGUCACGGCUAUCGCCGAGGCGGCCCUCCGCGAGGCGCACCACGUCAAGGACGUCGAUCCGCUCUGCGGCAGCACGGUUGAGAUUCGUCCGCUGCACGCGGUUUUGCCCCGAGGCACCCGCAACGCCGACUUUUACCGGGCGCGCGGGUACCAGCACCGCAUGCAGGGCAACUUUGACCAAGCGAUCGACGACUACCACAGCGCGCUCAAGACGUCGCCGCGCGACUUCAAGACCCUCUUUAGCCUCGGCAUUGCGUGUGAGCGGCUCGGGCGGCUGCAGGACGCACUCGCCGCGUACGCCAAAGCCGCGAGCGUCUCGCCCCGCAACCCGUAUGUGCACUUCAACACUGGCAUUUGCUACACGCUCCGCGAAGAGUACAAGCGCGCGAUCGAGAGCUUCUCGGUCGCGAUCGAGCUCGAUGUGACCAACGUCGCGUUCUACAAGGGCCGCGCGCUCGCCUACCGCAAGGCCGGGCAGUACACGGACGCGGCCAAGGACUAUAGCACCAUCAAUUUUCUCUCGAACGAGCAGACGGACGGCGCGGCGGAGAAGGACGAGAUUGCGCGGAUCCCGCCGCAUCUGCGCACCGACGAAGACUUGCACGUGCUCAUGGACAAGACGUGCGUGUUUCCCACGUGCCGCGGUCUCCCCCAUGACCUGCACCAAAAGCUGUGCCGCGAGCUCGUGUCGGUGACCGUGUCGCCGCACACCGUGCUCUUUAAAGAAGGCGACAGCGGCCACGUGCUCUUCUUUCUGCUCCACGGCAAAGUCGAGCUCUUCAAGCUGCCCAUGGUCAAGGUCGGUGACGAAACGACGACCAACCAAGUCGGCUCGAUCGAGACGCAGCUCGCAGCGUUUGAGCCGAGUGCGCUGCACCGCGAAAGCACCUUCUUGGACACUGUGGAUCGAAUCCUCGAGGUGCCGGCGACACCACUCUACACACUGCACACCGGCAGCGAGUUUGGCAGCCAUGGCCGCUUCCGCCAGCUCCCUCGGGCGGUGAAUGCGGUGGCCACGGACGCCUGCGAGCUGCUCAUGCUACCGUGGUCGGUCCUUGAUGCACUCGAACUGGCGCACGCCGAGAUCGAGGUCCUCGUCCUCUUUGUUCGACGCACAUUAACGACGACUCUAUCGCAGUGCGCCAACGUGGCUGCGUUUCUUGGGAAGCUCCCGAUCUUCAAGUACGUCUCGUCACCACAGCUGCGCAUCUUGGCCGUCAAGACCAAAUGGAUCAAAGUCCCGAGCGCCACCGUGGUUCAGGUCUCCGGACAGCACCACGAAGGUCUCCUCGUCGUCCGCAGUGGCACGUGCAAGCUUAUGCGACACGACCUCCUCACGGCCACGGGGCGCCACCUCAGCAGCAGUCCUCGGCUCGCCUCCCAUAGUAACAACAACACUGCGGGCCGACAAAGCAGCGGCAACCUCAAGCUCCUCCCGCUUUCCAAAGGCAGACGCACCGAGCAGCAUGCGCGGCAGGCGUACCUUCACAUGGAGCACGAAGACGACCCGCUGCACUUUGUGUAUGCAAACAGCACGCUCUCUUCCCACGUGCUCUCGACCAACGACACGGCCGACGCCGUCGUGCACGCAGAGCUCCACGCCCGGGACUUUGUCGGCGAGCGCUCGUUUCUGAGCAACGAAGGCAAUGAAAAGUCAUUUGCAAAGUACGCGCUCGUCACGAGCUCGUACGCCGAGCUUCUCUUCGUCCGCAAGGCCGAUUUCUUCACCGAGACAUCGUACGGCACACGGCAGCGCGUGCGCACCAACAUUCAAAAGCUCAACGACGAUGCGGCGGCCCGCGGCACGGCGGCCCACGACCCAAAAGACUGGGCGCGCUACAAGGCCAAGCUCGUCCAGCAGAUUAUUGUCGACAAGCGGCUCUCGCGUUAAUUGCGUUUAUGGAA